AUGAAUAUUCUGCUUAUAGUGAGUUUCAUAACUACAGUAAUUCUGAAAUUCACAAUCGUAAUUUUCAGAUUCUAUCGAUUGCACCUUCAAUAGUAUCAGCAGCCAAUGAAAUAAAACUCGAACCAAAUGUAUUUAGGGUUAGUUCGGUCUCCUUAUACCAUGCAAAUUUUUAAAACAAUAAAUUUCAGGCCGACACUUGUUAAUCUAGCUGGAACCUACCAACCUGUUAACAUGUGAGUUGGGAGGAAGUUGGGAAAUUUGAUUUAGGUUCAGAACCUCACCAAUCCAAAGUUUUGUUUUUGAAACACUUUGAAAAUCAUAAAAAGCUUUGCCAAGUUUAUAGAGAAUUUUGGAUACAUCUGGAUAACAAAGUUCUCCAAAUUUGAAAACAAACAUUUUUGUGAACCUAUCAAUAUUUUUUCCAGUGAAUAUGGAUUUCCAUCUCUCGCAUCAUUUUCAUAUAUUAAUGAACAAAUGGACAAUGAAUUCAGUCACAUCAAUUUCGAAUUUGUUCCCAUUGAAUACUGUCAAUUUGUUCGUAUUUGUAUCGCCAAAGCAAUUUCCUACACAAAAAAGUUGAAACAUAAGAUCACCGAAGAUCAAUGCGAGGAUUAUAUCACUUACAUUCCAACCACCGGUGCCAUCAAAAUUAAAUGUAAUCAAUCUAAUAAAUUUUGAAAAAUAUUAACAGGUUUUUUUCAGAUGAUAAAAUCAAUGUAGAAGGAUAUACGAGUUCUUUGAAUAUGACUGGAACAACAAAUGGUCGUCGUGUGUUUUACUGGAAAAAUAUAUUCUACAAUGAGAACUCAUUUAGAGAUAACAAAUUUAUGCAUCAAGAUCUUGACUUCAAGAAUAAAAUGUUUCUUGUUUUCACGAAUAGUCGACAAUGUCAUCCGAUUAUUAUGAUUGAUGGAACUAUUUCGAAUAUGGAAAUUUAUGGAACCAAGUUAGUUUUAUCAAUUACGAUUCUGAUAAGAACAAAAAAAAACAAGCAAUAUUUUUCAGAUCUAUUUCGGAUUCACUUCCAUCUGAAUUUGAAUAUCUUCAAAUCGGAAAAACAAAUCCAACACUUUACACGGCCACUGACGUCACCGGAGUUGAACGAAGUGUCGACUAUUUUCCAGUUUUGAAAUCAUUAACUGAAGCAAAAGAUGGAAUUGGACAAUUGAAAUUCAAGUGUAAAAUGGCGGGUGGUGGAAUAACUAAAAACAUCAUUUCAAAAACCUCAGUUAUCGAAGUUGUCAAAAAAGUCAACACCAACGCAAAUAAUGCAAAUGAGGCGAAAGUAUUGAUUGAAUUAGAAGAUUGUCAUUGGAUGCGUAUUUGGUUUUCUAAAGAUAGUGCCACAUGGUCUGAUUAUGCAACAACUUUUUUGCCGAAACAUUCGAUUGAUUUUUUGUUGAGUGAAGGACUUGUUUUUCUUCCAGAUAGAGGUUUGUGGUACAGCUUACAAGAAUUUAGAGGAGUUAUCAGAAGAAUAAUUUAUGUUUUUGACUUCGAAUUUAAUUUUUUUCAAAAAAAAAUCGAAAAAGUUUUCAAUUUUUCAAAAAAAAAAUUGAAAAAUUUCUUUUUUUUUCAGAAAAUGCUGUGAGAAUUCCAAUGUCAGUCAAUGAUAUUUCUCAUCUAACUUUGAAAUAUCACCCUAAAAAUCAAAUAAUCGAGAUUCUUUUUGGACACUCAAAUGAUUUUCAAUAUCCAAUCACUUUCAAGAGCGAUAUUAUGAAAGAGGGCACUUUCAAAAUAUUUAUGAUUCGUUCACCAAAAUGUGAUGCAGUUUUUGGUUCGAAUUCUCGUGGAAUUCUUGCUCAUGGUAGCGAUUCUAGAAAGAAUGAGUUCUUAUUCACCAAUUUGCAAAGCAUAUUCGAUUGA